AAAAAUACGACGAAAUUCUUCAACUUUCCAUCAGCAGCAGCAGACAAAGUGACGAACGAGAAGAUGGAACCUUUUGCUCCGUACGUAUUUUAGGUCGUGUUAGAAGUGAAUUUUGUGCCCAAAAUCUUCGUUUCCGACGCAGAAAUUGUAGUGCAAAACUGACCGAGCCCGUCCCGACUGUGGGGGAUCCCGACGACAAGUGCGCCGCGAUGGUGAAGAAAAAGUGCAAUGACAUUAGGGACGACGAUUCCUCGACGGAGUCGAACGACGACGCAAGGCUGCCCGCCCACCAGGCUCCGGGCGAAAAAUGUAUCCACGUCAAGAAGGCCAUCGAUCCGACGAUGGUGAAGAAGAAACUGAAAUUGAAGGGACUGGAGAAGCAGUGCUCCAAAUGUGCGGAGGAUAAUUCGAAGCCCAGCCCGGUUCUGGCAGCGGUGGGAGAUGGACUGGAACUUGAAGAGGAGCAGCUCGUGUUGAGCCUGUGGUUGUGUUUGCAGUGCGGUACGCAGCUUUGUGGACGGUACUGCAAACAGCAUGCUCUCGAACAUUGCAAGGUUCCCCGCUCCGAGUCCCACGUGAUAGCGAUGAAUACGACGGAUUUCCGGGUUUGGUGCUACCAAUGCGACACCGAGAUAAAACCACAGAUGGUGCCCAAGCUGCUCGACUGCUUCGAGUGCGUGAAGCGUGAGGCGGAAAAGGUAAAGGACGACCCGCCAAAGAUUGUCGACGUCGAACGAAAAUUGCAAGCUGCGGCAAGCGAACUCCGUGCAGUCAUGGGCGGUGCCGUUCCCACGCCGGUCGUAUCCGGAUCAUCCGUCACCUCCAGCACGAUGGGACUGUCCAAUUCAAUAAAUGCAUCCACGACUUCUUCUACCACACCAAAUUAUCGAGAUCUGCGAUUGGACAUCGUUCGGAACCCCGCUUCGUCCAUAAUCGAUGGUCUGCCACGAGUUCGAGGACUAUCCAAUCUCGGCAACACCUGCUUCUACAACGCAGUGCUCCAAUGUCUCGCACGGACUCCCUUCCUGUUGGAUGUGCUGAAAGAAUCCGCUGCCGAGGGGGAGAAAUUUCAGCUUCCUGGGGGACCACACAAAAUGAAGGAUGGAACCGAAACGGAACUGAUUCCCAUCAGCGGCACACUGAAACCCUGGGGAAGUGUGACGGAAGCGCUAGCCGAAACGAUCACCGAUCUGCAAGCCGGAGGAGGUGUUUUCUCGCCCAGUAAACUUCGACAGCAGUUGAUCAACAAGUGGCCCCAGUUUGCCGGAGCGGAACAGCACGAUUCGCACGAGCUGUUGCGGCAUCUGCUGGAGAGUGUUCGGAACGAGGAUUUGAGAAGGUACCAACUAGUGAUUCUUAUUUCGCUUGGCUUCAAACGCAAUGUUGACCCUCAGUCGGUGGAGGAAACCAUGAAGGAAAAAAUAAAGUUCUACGGUAUGCAAGCAGCCGAUCGCAUCUUCCGUCCGGAACCGGUGUUCCGUGGCUUCCUCGUAUCAACUCUAACCUGCCAGGACUGCUAUCACGUGUCCUCACGACACGAAUCCUUUCUGGAUCUUUCGCUACCCGUAAGUGUCGAGAAGCCACAACCCCCGAUCCGGCGAAAAGGAAGUCCAGAACCUGACUAUGGCUAUGGCGCGUCUUCCUCGUCCUCCGUCACCAACAGCAAACCUUUGAGCAACAAGGAACGCCGACGAGUCAAGAAAGCCGCUGCCAAGAAAGAGAAAAACUUAAUCAAUUUGAACGCCACGGCGACAGUCGUUGCGCCAUCGACUAAUGACGCAGGAACGGAUUCCGGCCCGGGGGGCGCAGUCGAUGGUGAUUCCGGUGCCGACGAUGACGACGGAAUGUCCGAUGCGGACGUGGAAGACAAUCUAACCGACGAUUCCCAACCCAAAAGGCUUGGCUCUGCUCAAGUAGACCAGAACGGCAAUCAACAGUUGAUUGGACCGGAGAAGGCCGACGAUACGCCAGAGAAUCCGAACAAAGAGGGCGUCGGGGGUGGCACUGACGCCAAUGUGGUUUGUGAAUUAGGUCUCAGCGCAGGAGGUGUGGCCAAUAUGAUGGAGAAGAUCUCUCUGAACUCUAGCGGCGAUCAACAACAGGAGGAAUUGGAUGCCAAAAAGUUGAAGAUGCGUCGCCAGAGGACCUACAGCCAUGCCGACUGGGGGAGCACGUUGGCUCCGCGCUAUCAAUGCGAAGAUAAUGAGUGUUCGAUACAGUCCUGCCUGAACGGAUUCACGGCCGUCGAACUCAUGACGGGCAGCAACAAAGUUUGCUGUGACGCUUGCACCGAGCGGAUCAACGGAAAGGACGGCAAAUCAGUCAACACGAACGCAACGAAACAAUUUUUGAUUUCCUCCCCACCGGCAGUCCUUAUUCUGCACUUAAAACGCUUCCAAGUUGGACCCCGUGGAAUGAUACGCAAAAUUACCAAACCCGUCACGUUCCCCUUUGUGUUGGACAUUGCACCGUUCUGUGGAUCCAAAGUCAAAAAGCUGCCCAACGUCAACCAGGGCCAGAAAAAAUUGCUCUAUUCAUUGUACGGAAUAGUGGAACAUUCGGGAACCAUGCACGGGGGGCACUAUGUAGCCUACGUGAAAGUUCGCCCGCAGUUACCGAGAGACGACCCGAGAUGGGAGUUCCUGCCGAAGGGAUCCAAGGCGGAACUGGACCAAAAGGACGAAGAAGCCAUCCAGCUGGAGAAGGAAAUCGCCAAAGAGCAAGCUCGCAAUCUGACCAUGGCUGCCCGCGAUAGCGACGAUGCACUGAGUUCCUCCAGCAGCGUGUCGAGUUGCCGUUCCAGCACGGGAACGACAAAUUCCGAGGGCGAGGAGGAAGGCGCCGUGGGCUACACACCGAAGCCAGAAGUCCUGCCGGAUGUGGACCCACCGCCCGGUAAGUGGUACUAUGUGUCCGACAGUCACGUUCGCGAAACCACCGAACAGCAGGUGCUGAACGCCCAGGCCUAUCUGCUGUUCUACGAGCGGAUCUUCUAGGGUGGGUUGCGGAAAGAGGACGAAUAAUGGCGGCAGGGUUCGGGAGAUUGUGGGGUUUUCGAUUAUCUUGUGCGCUGGUUAGCAUGAAUUAAUAGAUUUGCUACUGUUUGGAAAGUGAGGUCAGAUUAUAUGUUCGAAUGGAACAGUACGAGAAAGAGUUUUAAAAUUUCUAUUCGUGAGACGUAUUCAGCCUUCAAACGGAUCCUGUUCUUAAUUGAUUCUUGAAGAAAUUUUGAUGGUUCUUCUGUUUUCCCCUGAAUCCAUUGAAUCCACUGACCAAUCUAUGUUUCUAACAAUCUCCUUUACGCCUUCAGAAUGAAGAAUUGAAGUUUAGCGAAAGUUGCAUUCAUUGUUAACAACGUGCUCUGUUGUAUUUUGGUAAGCAGUAAAUGAGAAAACAUCGCUUAAGAUACACAGCAUAAACGAGCCUGCAUUAGCGAUCCAGGAUCGCGAGUGUGCUUAUGGGUUAAUUAGGUUGAUAUCAUGGUUCUUGUUCACAGCAUUAAUGCAGCUUUCGUUCUAUAACUUAUUAUGCGAAAUUGUGGAAAAUUGCUUUAACUCUUCCUUAUUUACAUGACAACAAUAACAUUCGAAUGAAUGCGGUCUUAGGCAAAUAUCAACGCCACGUCCGAGCCAGUGUGAAGUAAAGAAAAGUAAAGCUUGCAGCACUCCAUUUGAUGCUGGGUAUUUCCCACUGCACUUGCUUAGACGUGGAAUAUGAAAUGCGCAAAUUCUAUUUGGCACGUUUAUGGCUCUAGCUUUCGAGUAACUCUCGUCUUUAAAAUUUAGUUUACUCUGGAAUUGCAUUCACCUAUUUCUAUUUAUCAUGAAUGUAAUUUUCGGAUUGAAGAUUCAAACGAAAAUAAGAAAGUUCUGAAAUUCUUUGCUAAAUAUCUCACGUUGAUUUUGCUAGUUCUGCUUAAACUUAAAACCCACUUGUUAAGACAAGAUUCUACUUUCACUAAAUCUGUCUACCAAUGUCCCUUCUUGCGCCAUCUGGAGUGUGCAUUUACGUGUUUCAAGAGAGCGGUAUGUAGACGGACGGAGCCCGUUUUAUAUGCAAUAUUCAAAUGAUUUGUUGUUACUCAAAGUGUUUUUUUUUCUUUCACGGAAACGAAAAUGAAAUCUGUUUUAAUUUAUUAUAAAGGUUGUCAUCAUUCGAUGUACAAAAACGACAGUUGCUAGACUACCCCUAAAGAGUUUGUUGAUUGAUAGACCUAAAUUAGAUGUAGACUUAAAUCUUUUGCGUCAAUACCAAUCCCAUACCUUCUUUAACUAAAAGAGCUAUAACAGCUGUACUAAAAAAUAGGCACGAUAGAUCGGGAUUAAGUUAAGAAAAAUGAAAGGUGUGAAAGAAUAGAAAUCUGAAAUAAGAGUAGUCUUUAUUCGAUCAAUAAUUGAAAAUAAAUAAAGAGGAAAAAGGCAAGAAUGGCUGCUUAUUGUUAUCGAAAAUACGCGCGGUGCCCGCAAGUUUUACUACACGAAACCAUUUACCUACUAACAAUUACCUACCUACUUCAAUCAACAAAUACCGUACCGAAUAUAAAUCUUUGCAUUAACACUAUUAACUACUUAUCGCAAGCAAAAACGGAACCGCAACGGAGACAGCAUUGUACAAUACAUGAAUAGAAUAUAAUACGCUGAUGGAUUCAAACACUUCAACACGUAAGUCUUUUUGCCUAGCGAGCCUCAGAAUAUGAUAUACAUAAGAGCAGAUUUAAACUAUAAUUAAGUACGUAUGUAAGGUACGUAUACUAUGUCGGCAUUCAGGAAAGAUUUUUUUUUUGAACUCAAAAUAAACAUUAUUGCGCUGCAGCA